CAUAUAAGCUCAGGGCACAAGUGGCCAGGACAUCCCUAGGCAAAGAUCAGCAAGCAAAGGUAAGCACAAAGACUAUACAGGAAUUGGGACUUUCUGGGAACAUCUCUCUCAGCACUGGUAGGGUACCCUAAGGAUGAGGAGAGACUAAAUGGGGGUUUUCCUGCUGAGUCAGGCCAUGCUGACUGCAAUGUUGCUGAGUUGUGUCCUGCUGUUGGCACUGCCUCCCACACUGGGGGUCCAGAUGGGCGUGGCUCCACUGAAGGGCAUCAGAAGGCCUGACCAGGCUCUGUUCCCAGAGUUCCCAGGUCUAAGUCUGAAUGGCCUCAAGAGGACAACUGCAGACCGAGCAGAAGAAGUUCUGCUACAGAAGGCAGAAGCUUUGGCAGAGGUGCUAGAUCCACAGAACCGCGAGUCUCGUUCUCCGCGUCGCUGUGUAAGGCUGCACGAGUCCUGCUUGGGACAGCAGGUACCUUGCUGCGACCCGUGCGCUACGUGCUACUGCCGCUUCUUCAAUGCCUUUUGCUACUGCCGCAAGCUGGGUACGGCCACGAACCUCUGUAGCCGCACCUAG